AUGGCAAACGAAACAAAUGGUAGACAUUUGAAAGAGUGUAUUCUAAAAUCAAGGUACAGAGAACAGUUAGUUCUAACUGGUGACAAAAUUAGGAUGGAUGCUGAUGUUAUGAAAGGUUUCUUCGGAAUUCCACUUCAGAGUAUACUCGAUCACGUGGAAACACUUCUGGCAGAGCCAAAAGUUACAAAUUGCUCGGCAAUUGUCAUGGUUGGUGGCUUUUCUGAGUCUCCGAAGCUGCAGGAACAUGUUCAAGAUCACUUUCCAGACAUGAAGAUCAUCAUUCCAGAAGAGGCCGGUUUGGCUGUGUUAAAAGGAGCUGUUAUAUUUGGUCACAACCCGACAUCUAUUGCUGAGAGAGUUGGUAAAUAUACUUACGGCGAAAGAAUCUCUCAUCUGACCACGAAUAACUGCACUCAUUCAAGGUUAAAUACAAAACUUGACGAUAACGGUAACAUGAGAUGCUUUGAUAUUUUUAGGAUUCAUGUAAAGAUAGGUCAAUCUGUUAAACUUGGUGAAGAACAAUUAGAGCGUAUUUCAAGUCCUCUCUAUGACACACAAACAUCAGUGGGUUUUGAGAUAUAUGCUUCUUCGAAACCAACCCCUGUUUUCGUUACUGAUCCAGAUUGUAGCAAAAUUGGUUCGUUCAGUAUCCCGAUUCCCGACACGUCUUUAGGCAAAGCAAGAAAAUUUGGAACCACAUUCUUAUUUGGAGGCACAGAGAUUGAAGUAAAAGUUGUUGACAAAGCGACUGGCAAAGUUACAAAAAGAACAGUUGAUUUCCUUGGUUGA